AGUCCCUAUGGCCACUUCCACCGAAUCAGCUAAUAAGAAAGCUAAGGUGAUGCCCAAACAAAUAGAAGAGUUGGCUAUUGAUACCAUCAGGAUUACGGCGGCUGAUAUGGUUCAGAAGGCGAAGUCGGGCCAUCCGGGUGCCCCGAUGGGAUGUGCCCCCAUUGGCCAUGCUCUCUACGCUCACGUUAUGAAGUACAACGCCAGCAAUCCCCACUGGUGGAAUAGGGAUCGAUUCGUGUUGUCUAACGGCCACGCCUGUGCUCUGCAGUACGUCCUUAUGCACCUUGCUGGUUACAAGGAUGUCGGGGUGGAGCACCUCAAGAACUUCCGUCAGUUGGGCUCGAGGACGGCUGGUCAUCCUGAGCGACAUUUGUUGGAGGGAGUGGAGGUCAGUACUGGCCCUUUGGGGCAGGGCAUCUCGAAUGCUGUUGGCCUUGCUAUUGCUGGGGCCCAUCUGGCGGCGACUUAUAACCGUCCUGAUGGGUACGAGGUCUUCAACAACUACACUUUUGCUGUGUGUGGUGAUGGGUGUUUGGAGGAAGGGGUCAGCUCGGAAGCCUGUGCACUUGCUGGUCAUCUGGGGCUUGGGCGCCUCAUUGUACUCUAUGAUGAUAAUAAGAUUACUAUUGAUGGUAGGACUGAUAUUGCCUUUACAGAGGAUGUCACUAAAAGGUUCGAGGGCAUGCACUGGCAGGUCCUUGAGGUCGCUAAGGGUGAUAGCGAUGUGGCUGAUAUAAUAGCCAAGAUUGAGGAAGCCAAGAAGUGUACGGAUAAGCCUACCAUUAUCAAGGUCCAUACUACGAUCGGGUACGGCUCGGCUAAGCAGGGCACUGCUAAGGUCCAUGGGGCCCCUCUGGGUGACGAAGACCUGGCCAAUGUUAAGAAGGAGUUUGGCUUCGACCCUGAGAAGUUCUUCGAGAUCCCCGCUGAAGUUAGGGCUUUCUAUGGAGCCGUCUUGGCUCGCGGCCAGCAGGCUAAUAAGGAGUGGGAUGCUCUAUUUGCCAAGUACGGUCAGGCAUAUCCUGCUGAGCAUGCGGAGCUCAUAAGGCGUGCUAAGGGUGACCUUCCUCACGAUGUGGACAGCUUCUUCCCGAAGUACCAACCUGGGGACAAGGCCAAGGCCACACGUGUGACCAGUGGGGAGGUCCUCGCUGCCCUCAUGAAGCACCUUCCGGAGAUCAUUGGGGGCUCGGCGGACCUGACCUCCUCUAACAUGACCAACAUGGGUAACUUCCCUAGUAUGCAACGUGGGGCUAUGCAGAACCGCUAUAUUGAGUUUGGGGUCCGCGAGCACGGCAUGGCCGCUAUGCUCAAUGGCAUUCACGCCUAUGGGGGCUUCCUGCCCUUUGGGGCUACCUUUGUCAACUUUAUAGGUUACUGUUGGGGUGGUAUGAGGCUCUCGUGCUUGUCGGAACAACAGGUCCUCUAUGUUAUGACUCAUGAUUCCAUUGACCUUGGGGAGGAUGGCCCUACCCAUCAGCCCAUCGAGAUCCUGGCCCUGCUGCGUGCUACGCCCAAUAUGAGUACGAUCAGACCAUGUGAUGGUCGCGAGACUGUGGGGGCUUACAAGUCCUAUCUUGCUAAUAAGAACGGUCCGACUACGCUUAUUCUCAGCCGCUCUGGUUUGCCUACCUUUGAUCAUUCCUCUGCUGAGGGGGCUAUGAAGGGUGCCUAUGUGAUAGACGAUUUCACGGGCAGCAGUGACCAGAAGGUCAUCAUCAUCGCUAGUGGCACGGAGGUCCUUCAGGCAGUGGAAGCUAAGAAACUUUUGACGGAGGAAGGUGUUGAUGCCCGAGUUGUGUCGAUGCCGUCAUGGAACCUCUUCGAAAAGCAAGGGGAAGCCUAUAAGAAGACUGUCCUUCCACAGGGGGUAAAACGCCUGAUGGUUGAGGCCAGCAGCCCUUUGGGGUUCGAAAGGUAUGCUGAUGAGUGGAUCGCCAUGACUACCUUUGGGGCUUCUGGGCCUGCCAAUAAGGUGAAGGCACAUUUUGGGUUCACGGCUGAAAAUAUCUGUAUUAGAGCUAAAAGGCUUCUUGCGGCCUCUACAUGAAGGCGACGGUUAUUGGGAAGAAAGUACCUUGUCGAGUACUGCUGAAAAUCUCAUCUAUUACUAUCACUACUAGGAGUUU